AUAGUGUUGUUGCGGAAGUGCCUGUACACCGCUCUUGGUUGCGCUGUACUCUUGAUAGUCACAGUCACUCGUUAAAGCAAAUAUUCCUUUAUGGUGUUUUGUUUGUAGUCACAGUUUAUUUAAAGUUAUGUCGGCUCUAAAAUACGCAGGUAUGGACGAUACAGACAGUGAGGAUGAAUUACCUCCCGGCUGGGAAGAGAGGUCUACUAAAGAUGGCUGGGUCUACUAUGCAAACCAUGAUGAAAUGAAGACCCAAUGGGAACACCCAAAGACGGGAAAGAAAAAGCGAUGUGCUGGAGAUUUGCCGUAUGGUUGGGAGCAAGAAACUGAUGAAAAAGGACAGAUCAUCUAUGUUGACCACAUCAACAAGCGCACCACAUACUUUGACCCCCGACAGGCUUUCACAGUGGAGGACGUGUCGGUGAAGCCGAAACGCUACGACGGAAACACCGCUGCUCUGGAGAUCCUGCAGGGUCGUGACCUCUCUGACAAGGUCGUCCUCAUUACUGGAGGCAACUCUGGCAUUGGCUUUGAGACGGCCAGGACUUUCGCUCUCCACGGCGCCCAUGUGAUCCUGGCGUGUCGAAAUCUGUCCCGGGCCAGCAAGGCGGCGAACCUCAUACAGGAGGAGUGGCACAAAGCGAGAGUAGAAGCCAUGAUGUGCGACCUGGCCUCUCUGCGCAGUGUCAGGGAGUUUGCCGAGUCUUUCAAGGCCAGGACACUGCCUCUGCACGUUCUGGUGUGUAACGCAGCCGUGUGCACUCAGCCCUGGGCCCUGACAGAGGACGGCCUGGAGUCCACCUUCCAGAUCUGUCACCUCGGUCACUUCCUGCUCGUCCAGAGCCUGCAGGACGUGCUGCGUCGCUCGGCUCCCGCCCGUGUGGUCGUGGUGUCAUCAGAGUCCCACAGGUUCACAGACCUCCUGGACUCGUGUGGCAAAGUGGACUUGGCCCUGCUGUGUCCCCCAAAGAAGGAGUACUGGUCCAUGCUGGCGUACAACAGAGCCAAACUCUGCAACAUCCUCUUCAGUAACGAGCUCCACCGCCGCCUCUCGCCCCACGGGGUCACAUCCAACGCGGUGCACCCUGGGAACAUGAUGUACACCUCCAUUCACCGCAGCUGGUGGCUGAUGACCUUCCUCUUCACACUCGCCAGACCUUUCACCAAGUCUAUGCAACAAGGGUCGGCGACCACGGUGUACUGCGCCGCGGCUCCUGAGCUGGAGGGGUUAGGAGGCAUGUACUUCAACAACUGCUUCCGCUGCAUGCCGUCCAUGCAGGCCCAGGACCAGAGCAGCGCCGCCAGCCUGUGGGAGCUGAGCGAGCGGCUGGUCGCGGAGAGGUCGGCGGGCAUACAAGCCCUCUGAUGGGAGGAGGUGGUGGAGGUGGAGGAGGUGGAGGUGCAGGGGGGCAGCAGGUCACGGUGAAGUCCAAUUAGAUAUGAAAAGAAUAAAAAUGUACUCUGACUGUACAAGAGAGCUGCCAAACCAAGAGAGUCCUUCUGGAUAUGUCACAUCACUAUGGGGGCUCGAAAACACACUACAGAGUGUGGAGGGGUCUUUAACACUCUUAUACUGUGAUACUUUACAGUGUCGGGGGGGGGGGGG